GUAACUGCAAUAAACGGCGAAAGUGCACUACUGCUGCUGACGUAGAAAGUGUUGCAAAGAUGCGUAUCCGUCUGGUUCUGUUGUGCUUUGGUAGCCUGUUGGCACUGAGUUAUGGGCAGAAUGAUGGUAAAUAUAGACCAUCGCCGGCGGAGCUAACGACGCAGAGACCACGCUACAAUCCGUACAUUGAUGGAAGAUAUGUACAGUAUCCGUACAACCCGUACCGCUAUCCUAGUGAUUCCCGGUACUACAACCGGAACGAUGGACGCUACUUUAACCGAAAUGAUGGCCGUUACAUUGGUCGAAACGAUGGUCGCUACGUACCAGGCAAUGAUGGACGAUACGUUCACGUAGACAAUAAGUACAAACACAUCGAAGGGAAUGCUGGUAGUGGGGCCGGAAAUCAGGGAGGCAGUGGUGGUGCUGGUGGUGGUGCUGGUGGUGGACUCGGAGUGUCCAGAAUUGGUGGAACCAAUGGUGACGACAGUGGAACAACCAAACCGGCAGUAGUUCCGGCCCCAGUCCCCGUCACUACGCCGGUUCCUACUCUGGCCAGAACGGUACAGGCCAGGGUAGCACCGAAGGCAUCCGCAGAUGGAUGGAAAAUUGUUCGCUUGGAAAAUCAGGUUGAAAACGAUGGUUAUCAUUACAUCUUUGAAACCGAGAAUGGCAUUCUGGCGGAGGAAGCUGGGCGCAUCGAGGAUAAGGGUACGGCAGGAGAAGGACUACGUUCGCAAGGUUUCUAUCAGUACGUUGGAGAUGAUGGAGUGCUCUAUCGUGUCGAUUAUGUAGCCGAUGGCAAUGGUUUUCUGCCGCAGGGUGAUCAUAUUCCCAAGGUACCUCCAGCAAUUGAAAAGCUUCUGAAGUAUUUGGCAUCCCAACCGAAGUAAACAUUUGGGCUUGAAUACACAUUGGCGCGAAUAGAUAAAGAGGGCAAUGAAAAUAAAUAAAAUAUUCUAAAUGCAAGAACUAUAUUAAAGAAAAUAAUAAACAAAACCUUUUUACAUACGUAUCUGGCGUUACCG